AUGUCUGGGCAAUAUCGUCUGGAAAUUGCUUCUCAAUCUCGCGCUGGUUGCCAGAACGGUGAAUGCAAGAAAGCAGGCAUAAAGAUUCAGAAGGGAGAACUUCGCCAUGGUGUAUUUGUGACUAUCAAAGACUACCAGAGUUGGAAAUGGAAGCAUUGGGGCUGUGUGACGCCACAAGUCCUUGAACAUAUGAAGGACGCACUCGAAGGGAACUAUGACUUUCUUGAUGGUUACGAUGAGCUGCCGGAAGCUGAACAGACUCGCGUAAGAAUGGCUCUGGAUGAUGGCCACGUCGCUGAUGAGGACUGGAAGGGUGACGUUGAAGUCAAUCGGCCUGGUAGGAAGGGUUUUCGUAUGCCAGCUUCAAUGAAGAAGCGGCAGGCUGCUGAAGCCGAUCAAGCUGGGGCAGGAGACGAAGCUACACCGAGCAAGCCGAAAGGCAAGAAGCGUUCUCGAGCCAAGAAUGAGGAAAGUGGGGAGGACAUCGGUCAUGAAACUCCUUCACCAAAGAAGGCAAAAGCAGCACCUAAGAAGGGCAAGAAUGUAAAGAAGGAAAUUGAGAAAGAUGAAGAAGCCCCCAGUCCGCCUAAGAGAGGCCGCAAAAAGGCUGCAAAAGUAAAGGCUGAGGCUAGUAACGCCGAGAUUGAAGAGCUUCCUAAGCCGCGAGGACGUCCGCACGGGAAAAUGCAGCCAAAUGGUGACGACAAUCUCAAACGAGAAGGUAGCGAAAGCGAAUCGGUCCAGAUCCCUUAUCCUGCUAGGAAGACUCGCGCCCCGCGCAAGGCAGCACCCAAAAGGAUGAAGGAGGAAUCAGAGUCUGACGAUCCUGAUGCUGGACUAAUUGAGAAUGACGGCGCCGAUGAUGCUAUGAUAGCCGAGGAUUCUCCGCCAGAGUCCGCUUCUGAUGCACCUAAGGCUAAGAAAGGACGAAAAAACGCUAGAAAGGUGACGGGUAAUAAUAGUAAGGGAAACGACUCUACGGUCAAGAUGCCUAGUUUCAUUACAAACCCACCGUCGUACAAAGCAGACAUCCUACCAAAAUCCUCACUUCCGACCAUUCCAGCUGAAGAGCUUUGUCAUGACUUCAUCGCAGGCUUCUGUCGGCGAGGCGAUACUUGCCAGCUGAAUCACAAAAUUUGUAUCCCACAUGACGCCGAAAGCUCUAAUACAGAGUCUCAAUGCGCACCGAACUAUUUGAUCUUCGAUCGUCGAGACUUACCGAAGGGCCAGUCACCCUUCGACGACGAAGGUCCCGGUAGUCUAUCCAGUUAUGGCAUCAGACAUGACAACGAUCAUGGUGAAAUACACCGCAUACAGAUUCUGCCAACAAUGGACGAGAUACUAUCGCGACGACCGCCCUUUGUGCCUCGGAAAAGCCCUCAGGCAUUUCAUCACCUACCAGCUGGACAGAAACGCCACCUCGAUGUUCUGUUCCGACAAUCAAGGUAUGAAAAGGUUGAACCGCUGAUUGACGCGUCAUAUCAUGCAUGCCAGCACUUAGUCCUCAAUGGAUCAGAGCCACAGACCGCGGAUUACGACGACCGCAUGAUCACGCCUCGCAGGCUACAAUACUCUUUGUUCCAAGAUGUUGCCUUUGAAGAGGUACAAUUCAAUCCUACGCGUGGGAUGAUGGUUAGAAUCAGCUAUGCCUGCCCUCGAGCACUACGCGGAAAGGCGAUGGGCCUUUCGAAGCACCUCGAAGAAGGCAUGUUGGUUGCGUUAAUUGGGUUCUGCAAUCAAGGCACGCUGUCGGUGACUUACAUGGAGGUCGAUCAGCGCCAGACCACGGAAUCGAUGAGGCGAAGGUCUGGCAACAAUUUGAGGGGUAUGAUUCUCUCUCAGACGUCUGCUAAGACGAGAAUCCUACUAACAAUUGAAUACUUAGCCGCUCUGGUCCUCUCGUUUGCCGAACCAAGUGACAUAGACGCUGUAAGACGAUUGCUAUACAAUUAUAAGAACGUCAUGAACGAAAAGUUCGUUUUGGUUGAAGUGUCAGGUCUUCUUUACGCAGGAUUUCGCCAUACCCUUAAGCGGCUCCAGGACCAAUCUGCUUCCCGGGACCAAAUUGCGUUUCUGUCCUCUAUCGCCCCACUGACAAUUGGAAUGGACCAUCCAAGCUCCCCUCCAGCAUAUGCAACAGAGGAUCACUUUGAAUUCCAGCUAAACUCAAUUUGUACUACAUCUGGCCUCAAGGAUGGCAUUCCUUAUGCGCUUCGACCCUUUGCACUACUCUCCGGUGGGCAGUCUUUCAAGAAUACAAUUGAUGAGCUCUGCAAUCGUACGACUCUAGACAGAGGCCAGGCAGAGGCUCUCUGUGAGACCUUAUGUCGUGGGUUAGCGUUUACGCAGGGUCCGCCCGGCACCGGUAAAACAUUUCUUGGAGUGGCAUUAGCUAGAGUACUCCUAGCGUCUCGAGGUAUCAGCUCUAUGAAGCCCAUCCUUGUCGUAUGCUUGACGAAUCAUGCUCUAGACAGCUUCCUCGCUGAUCUGAAAGAUGCUGGCAUUGUCAACUUUGCCAGAUUGGGUUCUAAGAGCAAGGAGGCUUGGACUCACGAAUAUGAUUUGAGAAAGCUCACUUCAAAGCUUCGUAAGUCAGUCGUUGAGAAGAGUGCUACCUCGAUGGCACUUUUGAAGGUAGAGGCGUUGUACACAGAAGCAGUCAGCUGGAGCGAAUCGCUCAACUCAGAUACUCUGAGCUGGCCAGCCGUGCGAGAGCAUCUUGCAGAAAAGAACCCUGCGAUUCUAUCUAGCUUUACGGACCUUGAAAGCGUCGAUCAACAAAGACUUUCCGAUAUUCGAUUAGCCCGGAAGGCGGGUGGGUUUGCAUUCGAGUACUGGUGUUCUGGGGGCGAUCUGAAAGAAGUAGAAAGCCUGAUGAAGCAUUUUAUUACGGCUGUGCAAAGUGAUCCAUGGUUUCAGACCUACGAUCCAGAAGUGCAAUCAGCUAUGGAGAGGCUAAAAACUAACAUCCAUCGAAGCGUAGGAACACAUGCUGAUCGUUCAGCUUCGGCGGAUAUUUGGAGGCUGUCACUCGUAGAACGCGAGCAACUGUUUAAGGAAUGGAAGGAGGACAUAGCGCCGAGAACGAUCCUCGACCGUACAGCAGAAAUUCACCGAAGACAUCAAGUAGCUGUAAGUCGGAAGAGGGAUGCUUUUAACGAAGUCGAAAUCAGAAGCCUCGCAAAUCAAGACAUUAUAGCUAUGACGACGACCGUGUGUGCAAGGCAAUAUCACCAGCUGAAGCGGCUCGGCAUUGAAAUCGUGAUAUGUGAAGAAGCAGCUGAGGUCAUGGAAGCUCAGUUCAUGUGCUCAUUGUUACCAACAGUCCAGCACUCAAUUUCGAUUGGAGAUCCAUUACAACUCCGGUCAGCAAACCCAAACUCUUUCUCGAACGAAUUUGAGGUAGAGAUGGUCGCCGGCCUUGUGGAAUACCUUGUCAAAAGCAACGAAUAUGAUUACAAAGACAUCACUGUUCUAACGCCUUACAAUGGGCAGCUGGCUGCCUUUAAUGAACGAUUUAGAGCGAUUUGUUCCCUCUGGUUAAGCGAGAAGGACCGCGAAGCAUUGAUUAUGAACGGAUACAUUGAUCCCAUGGAAGACAUGUCCAAUAAUGGUGAGACGAUCCUUGAGAUCGGGAACAUGCUCAAGAUUGCGACGAUCGACAAUUUCCAGGGUUCUGAGUCGAGGAUUGUAAUUUUGAGUACCGUGAGAAGCAACAGCGAAGGCCGACCUGGCUUUCUGAAGACGCCCAAUCGGAUCAAUGUAGGAUGCAGCAGAGCCAGAGAUGGAUUUUACAUAAUCGGAAAUGCGUCUCUAAUGGACCAAAUACCCAUGUGGCAUCAGGUGCUCAAUGAGCUCGUAUCGACACACAACGUCGGAGCUGAAUUUCGCACCUGUUGUCCCAGACAUCCAGACGUAAUAUAUGGUGUGGGAAAGCCUGAGCAGUGGUAUACGACGCCGGAAUGUCACCAACCAUGCACGUUCCAGUUCGCUUGUGGGCACAAGUGUCCCCUUUCUUGUCACGCAGAUAUACUGCACGAGCGUCAAGGCUGCUCCGAGCCAAAAUACUCUGUGCCUCACAACAUGAGAUCUCUCGGUGUCAAGAAUCCUGUGAAAAAUGGCUUUCUUGCGGUCACAAAUGUGAAGGGAUAUGCUACGAAUGCCGACGCCUCAAAAAGCAUAGCUGCAGGUCGAAAUGCGAAAAGGAAAUGUCUUGUGGUCAUCUCUGCCAGUCGAAAUGUCAUGAACAUGACCAGAACUGUCCUCCGUGCCAGGCGCAGUGUGGCAAAUCUUGUUCACACAGAACCUUGCGGUCACCACUUUGAUGUCGAAUUCCUCGAUAAGGCCUGGGGUCUUGGACGGAUUUAUGAGAUGGACAGUGACGGCAACAUUCGGGGUGUCGUAACAGUGAAUCUCGUUGAUCUACUAGAACUGGAGACAUUUUGCCCAGAAUGCGGUGUAACAUGUGCAGGACUAAGGAGAUACGCGAUAUUCUACCAGAUUCGGUCGCUCAAAUCUCAUGUCGAUUGGGCGUUGGCGCAUUUCAACAAGCGCAUCUUCAAUUUCUUAGGUGAAAUGAAUCGAACGAGGGGUCAAUUGGCUAGCUCAUUCGACGCAUUCUGCAGCAUGCUGAAGCCUGGUCCCUUGGCUGGAAAACAUAAUGAAAUACUUGUGCUUGAACGUGGCAACGCAUUAUCAGGACUUGAGGGGGCAAUCCUGAAAUUUAAAGGUAUGCAAAUGUCAAAUAUGGAGUCCAAUGAAUUAACGUUCCUUUCAGCAGAUCUUGUCGAACGAUUCGAGCAAGCAGUAGCCUCGCUGAUCUACUUUUUGAAAAGUGAUACCAUUCUUGAGCCAUACGUUUUUGCCUCGUCUUUGAGGCUAGAGUCCUUAAUCUAUCGGUGCCAACUGACCGUACUCGAACUUCACAUUCAAAUGCUAGCACCCGUUCGAGACUUAGGCAAGCAAUCUGCGCACUCAGAGCUGCUUGCACAAGGUCUCAAGCACGUCAUUAUUCCUGCAGCUGCUGGAAAGCUCCAAAAGAUUAAGUCUAGUAUAGAAGAUUGUCAAGCUAGGGGCUUGAAGCGUCUUGAGACUGAAUUACACCUGGUCGAUUCCGCAACGCAAAUAUUCCUUAAGGGUAUCGAACCCAACGAAACCCUAACAGAGGCGGCUAAUGCUGUAAAACUGGCGGAGCAGAUUUGUAAGACCUAUCCGUUGACGGCGGGGUUGUUUCAACCAUGCUGUGAACAGGUCAACAAACAUCUACGAGGUCGACAACGAAAUUCAGGGCAUCCUAUCUACGCUAAGGCAACGCAAGACGCUUGGUGGAGCUGGACAAAGCAUGUGAAAGGAAGCUUGCUUCGCUGUGAUAACGGUCACCCAUACUCUGGGGUUUCUAUGGCUCACUGCCUCGAAUGCGGUCCAGCAGAAGAAGUGAAGGUGCCAAAAAAAAAAAAAACCGGUACCCUGUUAGUGGGACAGGAUUUUAUGAAUGCAUACCAGACUGCACGCAGGAAGAACAAAUUUGACCCUAGUGCGUAUGGAUUGCCCAACUAUAAGCCGAAGCCCAAGGAUCCAUGGGUAGGGUGGGAAGAGGCGACGUAUCACGACUCAGCAAUAGCGGAAGGAGUAUGA